GAAGUGAGACAACGAAAGGAUCCCAACACUCACUUCACCCGCAAGAAAUUGAAGGAGAAUUGCAGAGUUUACUUUUGGGCCGGAAGUGAAACAAUUAUAGCGUCCCUUCAAUGGCUGUUAUUACUGUCCGUCCGAUACAGCGAACACCAGAAGAGGAUUCACUCAGAGAUCGAUUCUGUGGUCGGAAGAGAUCGGAGUCCCUGUUAUGCCGACAGACUUCAUAUGCCGUUCACUCAGGCAUUCAUUAACGAAAUGUUUCGCUGGAAAACUCCUUUACCCUUACCUUUCAUGAAAUACACAUCAGAGGAUACAUCAGUUUUGGGUCAUUUCAUACCUAAUGGCACCAAAGUUUUGGUUAAUUUAUGGGCCGUUCAUAACGACCCCAAA